AUGGACAAAGCACGCAUGGCCCACAAACCACUCCUUUUUCAUAUCCCGCCACAUCAGUCAAGAAUUGGUCAAUUCAAUACCAACUUGGUCUCCUCGACGGCCUCUCACAAUGCUCCUAUAGACUACGCCCAUUCACACCAUGUAACUGGUGUCACUCGAAACAAUCCAUAUGGACCUUCUCAGAUUCAAAGUCAAGGAAGUCUCUACCCUUAUCAACCUUACAUGCCUCAGCCAAACCCCGAACCCUCUUCUCUCAGCUUUAUGGAUAGGCAAAACACCACGAGUUCAUAUCCGAAUUUGAUCACGUGUAAAUCACCACUGAAAUCUCAAGAAUCGCAGUCCCUCCAGAUCAUGCAAUCUGGUAUCAAAAGCGAAGGCCCCAGCUCGAGCUCCCAAUCGCUAGCUGCGGGAAGUCUUCGCGACAGGGCGACCUACCCCAGCGGAGGCUCGACAAUCCCCAAAGAAGCUGCUUGUCGAAUAGGAGAUCCACGUGAUUCUUUUCGAAGGGGUCCUAAGAUAUACGUAUGUUCUUUCUGCUCGAAGUGUUUUGAUAGACCAAGCACUUUAGCUACACAUCAAUUGACUCACACCGGCGAGAAGCCGCACACUUGUAAGAAAUGCGGAAAAUCGUUUUCGGUAGCAUCCAACCUAAGACGACAUGAGCAAUCUCUACACGGCCCUAAGCCUAAGGUUGGAGUCUCUGAGCCAUUAACGGCGGCCGCCCCCCCGCGUGACGGGAUCGUGGGAUCUACCUCCUCAAGUGUUAUCUAUCAAAGGGGUUAUGAAGUAUAUGAGAACCUACUACCAUCACCCCAGCUUACUACAUCAUUUGAUUCGAAAAUAAUGACACCGAGGGAGACUACAAAACAUUCAGAAGAGAAUUUUCAUUAUUGA